AUGAAUAACAUCCCUUCUAGAGAUUGCUAUGAAAUCCUUGGAGUCGAGCCAGAUGCAACAGUUGACCAAAUUAAGAAGGCCUAUAGAAAACUCGCCCUGAAAUGGCAUCCCGACAAAAAUCCAGAUAACAUUGAAGAAGCAAAAAUACAAUUCCAGGCAAUUAGUCGCUCAUGGGAAAUUCUUUCGGACCCGCAAGAGCGCGCUUGGUACGAUGAUCACCGAGAAAUGAUUAUUAAUGGAGGUAAUGGCGAGCCCUUAGAUGCAGACGAUUUCUGUUCUUUUAUGAUGCCCUUCUUCUCUCCUGUUAUCUUUUCUGGAUAUGGAGAUGGUGCGAAUGGUUUUUAUUCCGUGUACAGUGGCGUAUUCAACGACAUCACGAGGUUUGAAAAGAAAAUCAACAACUCUAUUAAUCUCCCUCCGUUUGGCAACUCGUCGACCUCUCUCGAAGACGUACUCCAAUUCUACAACGUGUGGACAGUGUUCACCACGAUUCGCACAUUCGCGUCUGUCUGCCAAUACGACACGCGCGAAGCUCCAAAUCGCUUCGUCCGCCGCGCCAUGGAGAAGAAGAACAGCAAGAGCCGCGACGACGCUCGCCGCCAAUACAACCAAACCGUGCAGCGCCUCGUCGAUUUGGUGAAACGCUUCGAUCCGCGCUACAAAGCAGCGAAAGAAGAGCGAGCGAAGGAGCAGGCGCGCAUGGAGGAAGAGCGAAGGAAGCGGCAAGAGGAGGAGAAGCGGAAGCGCGAAGAGGAUCUGCGGCAGAACAUGGAGGCGCGUUUAACGCAGACGGAACAAGUGCAGAGCAUUUUCACGUUCGAUGAUCUCGCGGAGGCGGAAGAGAGAGAGAAGGAGGGAGAGGACGAUCUGUUUGAGUGUGUGGCGUGUCGGAAGGUGUUCAAGUCGGAAACGGCGCUGUUGAAUCAUAAGAAUAUCCUGAGUGUGACGAGUUGGAUCCUUCAUGGCAGAGAGUCGAAAGCACGCGAUGGCCGUGAAGAAGCUGCGAGAGGAAAUGAUGGAGGACGAUCAGUUCAUGCAGAAUAUCGAGAACGAGAAUCGCGCAGAGUCUGCAGAGAACACGCCGGAGGAUUGGAGAGAGAAUAGUGCAAAAGACGAAGCGAGUGAAGCUUCGAAGACGCCAGAAACAGUGGAGACGGCAACAGAAACGACGCAAACGACGCAAACGAUGCCAGAAGAGGAGGAGACGGCGGAAAAGAGCGUGGAAUCCACGCCUCAGGAGAAGAAGGGAAAGAAGAAUAAGCGGCAGAAGCGACGCGUGAUCGACUCGAAGGAGGAAACGCCGAUCGAGCCGAUCGAGGUCGCGGCGUCGGAGGACGGCGAGAUGUCGGUGCUGGACAUCAUCGAGCAGAUGAACAGCCAGAACAUGCGAGGCCGCAAGGCGAAGAAUAUAAAAGACGACGACUUCGAGCCGAAGAAGAAGGGAAAGAAGGGAAAGAAGAAGUAGAAGUAGAAGUAGAAGUAGAAGCAGCUACAGAGACAUGCAGAGUCAUAGGAUACGUAUAAUCAAUCACACCACAUCA